AGGUCGUGAAGGGUAUCACGUUUCAAAACAAAGCCAAGUGUUCCUUCUUGCUGUUUGGCAAGGAUCUUCAGCUUUUUAUGAUGCACAGCUAUAGAAUCCUCGAGGAAAGGUUUUGUCAGGCUUGUAUGCGUCUGUCAACAGCAGAGGGUAGGAGCUUAGAAGCAGCAUUAGUCAUAUGAUCGUCCUUGCUAGUUCAGACUAAAAGACUCUUGAAAGAGAGAGACAGAGAGAGAGAGAGGAAGCAAGCAGCAGUCUCUUGAAAAGUCAAACGGAGCCACACACACACACACAUGCAUAGGUAAUUGGGGAAACCUAGCCUAGCGUAAAAAAAAAAGUUCUGAAAACAUUCCAAGAUCCUUAGCUCAUUCAAUGGCGCACAGAGGAUGGGAGCAGGUGGGAACACCAGCUGGAGGUACAAGAACACGCAGAGGAAUGCUGGUGAAAUCAGCAUCAUUGUAUUCUGACCUACAAAGGGACCGUGCUGAGAUUGGUAGCAUUAUGGCUCAACCAGAUUACCUGGAUGGUAACCCUGAUCUUAUACGGCCAAAGAAGUUAAUGAACCCUAUUAAAGCUUCAAAAAGUCACCAAGAGCUACAUAGGGAGCUACUCAUGAAUCAUAAAAGAGGCCUGGUUAUUGAAAACAAGCCAGAGUUACAGAAGGUGCUUGAACACAGACGUCGCGAACAGAUUAUUCGUCAAAGAAAGGAAGAAGAAGAUGCAAAAAUAAUGCAAUCACCUUUCGCUCAAGAACUUCGGAAGAGACAGCUAAGGCUAGAACAGCUUGAGAGGGAACAAGAAGAGCUUAAAGAAGAACAAGAAAAUACACCUGAAUUCAUCAAAGUGAAAGAAAACUUAAGAAGAACAUCAACUUUAUCAGAAGAAAAGGCAGCAUAAAAAUGUGUCUGCUAAUGUUGCCAUCGGUACUGACAGGCUCUUUCAUCUAUGCCUUGGCAUAAUCUGUGCGUGCUUUAAACCUGUAUAGUAAUGACUGCAAAGCUACAUAAGGAUGGCAGUGUUCGCUCCAUCAGAAAUCCAUGUCUGGUCUUUUAGGACUGUAAAAGAACACUGGGAAUGUAUUUAUUAAUAAUGUAGUGGGAAGCAAGCAAUUCACUGUGAUGGAAGCAAGUUAAGUCAUUUUUGCAGAAGGGAAAGAGCUACAGGAGUUUCUUAUAGUAAUCUGUUGAGUACAUGCCAAUAUGUUUUAAGUACUCAGCACGAACAUGAAUGUAAAAGGUGGUUCCAUGGCUGGGUGACGGACAGUGAGUGUUACUGUUACAGAGCAGUAUUAUUACAACCUAACUCCAAGUUCAAUUUCAAGCUACCAAUUACUAAAAAUAUCCAGCUAAUAUAAAAUUCUAAGCUGUGUUAGAAAUUAUACAUUUCUGACCAGUUUUCUGAUACAAAAUUUGUGAUACAAAUGUGCCUUCAAGUAUGUGAUUCCAGCAUGUAAUGAAUUUCAGGUAUUGAUUUCAUCAGUUAACUACCGAAACCAUAUUUUGUUGCAUUGUCUGGUACACGUAGACAAGAAAGUAUUAAAACUAGUUAUUCUGGCUUUUAAAUAUACAGAAUUACUAAAACAUUUUAAUAAUAUGUUAUUUAAAUAGUAAGACCUGAAUUAUAGUGUAAGACUAUUUUAAUAUAAUCUUUUCUGUUUAGCCUAAAAUAAUAUAGUUUUUCAGGAUAACCAUUGAGAAUAAGGGUAUAAGAAUAACAAAUGCACAAUUUUAUGAGUUCACAAAGUACAGCAUUUUCUAUGAGGAUGCACUGUAUUUUAAAGCAAAAAUUAAAUGCAUUUUUCUUAUUCCAUUAAGCUUCCUUUAGAGAGAAAUAUAUAAAUAUUCACAAGCUGCAUUUAGUUUUAUAUAUAUAUAUAUAUAUAUAUAUAUAUAUAUAUAUAUGAUUGUAUGUACAAUAUGUACAUACACAUAGGAUGCCUAGUAACAUCCUAAGAACAUAUGUUUCCUCAGGGGAUGGAAGUACAAUUAAAUUUUAUUUUUUCAAGGGCUUGGUUCUCAAUUUUCUAAGAUAUAUCUAACAUGGAAAACAAUCAAACAGCUGUUAGUAACAGCAAUGGUAAAACAUUAAUAUACACUUUAACCAUUUUACACUUUUGCAAAGAGACAUAUGUUAUUCUUUUUUUUUUCAGAAGGUAAUGCAUACUUAAAGAAUUUGGCAUUUUGAAAUACUAGAAGCCUUGCUCAUGAAAAACUUUUUAUAUGAAUCCGUAAAGAGUAAGAGAGAGCAGGAAAGUAAUUAAAAGUUUGAACCCAAUCAGGUAAGUGUUCAGUAUUUUAUAUUCUCUUAGUAAUAAGGUGCGCUUUUUGCUCAGGUAUAGUAUGGUGUACACUGAAAGAAAAAGAGAGGGAGACAGACAAACAAAAUAACAGAACAUAGAUUUGCACCUUAGUAAUAUCAAGAAAUGCAUGUGUUUGUAAAUUAUAUGCAUGAUAAAUUGUAAGACGAGUCACCAUCACCAUUAAGUCCUUAAAGAUCUUACUUUUAGUCCUAACCAUUAUAAAUAUAUAUGAUUUAAUAAGUAUCCUUAAAACUUGCAUCUGUCACAGCCAGUAGGAAGAUUUUUAGUUUUGUUACAGAGAAAGCUUGAGCAAAUGAUUCAAGAAUAUGGAGUCAACACUGUUCUGUCAGAAUCAAUGACAGUUUAAAUAUACAUUUUGGUAUAGCAGCAGUGUAAAGAUUGUAAUUGUGAUGAGUAACAUUUGACAAAUUUAGCAUGCAAGUAAGUGUUCAAGAGUUUGCACUCAUGGUUUUCUUAGCAUUGAUAAGCAUUCCUUCUUAUUUUACCAACCAUUUUUUAUGAACAUUUAUAUUAUAAUAAUAAAUUACAUAGUCUGUACCUUAACUGUCAUUCACCUUAUGCCUAUGAUUAUGAGGAAAAUAUUGUAUUGUUCCUAAAAGUAACCAGCACUUUAUUUUUUAUGUAUAUAUAUAUAUAUAUAUAUAUAUAUAUAUAUAUAUAUAUAUACAUAUAUGGUUAGGCUUUUUGCCAGUGAAAUUAUUGAGAAUGAAUGAAUGUACACAUUGAUAUUGCAAAUAAAAUAAUAAUCACUGAUACACUUUAUACAAGAUGAUUUAUAAAUGCACUACCAGACUUAGCUGACCCAGAAAAUAAGUUGAUCUAAAUGAGAACUGCUUCUAAAUGAGUGCAGUAUUGAUCCAUCUUUAGCUUCCUUAACAUUUAUGAAUUUGUUGUAGAGAAAAUUGAAAAUAAACAUGUAGAUAUAUUUCAAUCUAAAACCCUUAACAUAGUGUUCCAUAUAUUUGUAUGAAAGCCCCAUUAAGACCAAGCAAACACUUGAUCAAGUCAAAGUUUGAUGAUCUUUCCAUUAAGUUUACUUUGAAUACUCAUUUACCGUGCAUGUGAUUAUUCAACUCCAAAUAUCUAAAACCUCGAGGGUCACUACUCAAAACAGCAAUACCUCCAAGGUCCCAAAACAGAGUUUUGUGGAGCGGCUUCAGGGAACAAAUCCCCCUGCCCUUUCUGACAUGGAGAGUAGCAAUCCCUAAUUAUAUGUAAACACACACACACACACACAUAUAUAAACUCAAACCAACUUCAGGACUGCACAAACUAGGAAAAGAGAGACAAAAAUUUCCUGUCAUUUGGGUCACUACUUAUUUUGGGAAAUGGCUCUAAAUGUUUGCCAUGUGUCCAAAACAAAAUGUUAUUUGUCCACAGCAUACAUCAUUGCCAAGGCAGAGAAAUAUUUUUACAUUUUUUACUUUCAUUCUCUUUGACACUAUGCCAUAUAGCACCAAUGAGUACAGAGUAAAACAGAGUGCUAAUAUUGGCAGUAAUUAUUUAGGUUUCCUUUUGCAAAACAUGCAUGUUUUGGAGAGUGUGUACAUUUCACAUAUCUCCUCCCUUUGAUUAUGGCAUAAAUUGCUAUUGCUAACUGUAAGUAUAGUAUUAGGAUAGACUUUUUUUUUUUGCAAAAAGGGAAGACAGCAGAUGUAUGUGUAUUUAUCUAUGGAUCAAGAAAGUUUUCAGAACAAGAGCUGGCUAGGUCAGAUUGCAUAGAAAGCUGUGAUAAAACAGAAUGUUACUAAUCACAGCUGACAAUUUUUCCCAAGUCAACCACCCCUCCCACUGACAUAUUCAAGAGUUGUUUCCCCAGCCCUACAACAAAGCAACAAUUUGUUGUUUUACCACAUGGCAAGUCCUUUUGCCAUGAGAAUAUUGAAGAGGUAGUUUUAUGUUGUAUUUUCUGUAAUCCAUGAUAUUAUUUAUGCAUCUAUUUAAAAUGAAACUAUUUUCUAUGGAAGGAAAAGCCUACAGUACCACCAAAGCCACUUCUGAAAACAAACACGAACUCUGAGAUUAAUUCAUCUUGCGUGAACACAGAAUGAAUCAAACAUUCUCUUUUUUAGUUGAAGCAGUCUUUUUUACAUGAAGGAUGUUUUACUGCCAUUUAACUAUUAAAAUGAACCCAUGCUACAAGGCAUGAGCAAUUUCUUUGCUCUGUCUUUUGUAAAAUAUCCAUCUUACAUUGACUAGGGGAUUGAAUUUAAAUGGUACAAUAUUUAGUCAAAAGAAUGAGUAUUUUGUGUUCAGUCACAGCUUUUCUGCUACUAUACCUUCAGCUACCACAUAUCAUGCAUAGAAAAGAGGCUUUGUUGUUAUAUAGUGCUAAUAUAAGCUCUCCAGUAUAACCUGGACAUGGAUAGUUAUUGACAUGUGGGAUAAAUUAAAACUGAAAUUAUCUGAGUAACAGGGCAGAGCUUUUAUAUAUAUAUAUAUAUAUAUAUAUAUAUAUAUAUAUAUAUAUAUAUAUAUAUAUAUAUAUGCAUACAACUAAGAAUAUAUACAGCUGUAUUCCAAAAUGAAAAUAUAACUGAAUAUCUUUAAAUGGAUCUAAUAUUAUAAUCAUUUACUGAGUGUGCAAUUACAAAUCACUGAAACAUUUUCUUUUGUGGAUUUCAUAAAAUAAAUUUAGAAGUUAACGUCAUUAGCAUAUUUAGAUACAUUUAAGUACAGACAUAUGAACAGCCAUGCUGUGACUUGCUAGAAACGCACUGUUACUAAAUAGCAUUAAGAAAUUGGACUUGCCAUGGAGAUGAGCUCCAUUCAGCAAUAUCUGCCAGGAACUUUAAGGCCAUAGGGAAUUAAGACUUGAGAAGCAGCAGCAGCGAAAUUCAUGAAAUUCAAUGUUUGAUUAGGAAAUUACAUAAAGAACAAGACUGACAAUUUUAAAAUCAUUCUGAGUGCUAAAGCAAUUAAUAUAUCCAUAUCUUGAAUGCUAAGCAUCAGAUUUCAGUAGCCACAAGGCCUACACUGCCCAUUUUUUCUAGCAUUCAGCUUGCUUGAUCCCUCUAUGCCAACAUAGCUGGACAGUAGUUUCCAUACCACAUUAGUGCCCUAGAGUCCAGAAUGAGACAUACUUCAUCUUUCACAAAGCCUCCUCUUAAUGCUGAACUACACAUGUAGUUUGAGUAAUAUAACUAUGGUCCAGACGUAACUUCAUCCCCAUUUCCUACAGGAUGUAAGCAUUACAGGUGGGAAACAAGACUGGACAGUAAGUUAGUGGGCCACAGUACUAAAGUGGCCAUUCCUUGACUUAACCACACAAUAACCCCAUGUUGCCUGAAAAAAAAAAAAAAAAAAAAACACUUGUGUCUACUUGGUUUUCACAAAUUAAGAAAAUGUUGAAAAGUUUGCAGUUAUUUGUACAAUAAUACAUUCACCUUUAUGAUGAUUUAUUUCUAAACUCAUGUUAACUGUGAUUUAAUGAAUUGUACAUGGUCAGGGUGCUUGCCCAACAACAAGAUAAGAAGUCUUAAUACCGUCUACACUACAAAUUUAACUCUAUUAUUAUCUCAACCCCUUUAUGAAAAAUUAUGUUAGAAGUAAUAAUUUCAUGACACAAGUAAGAUUCAUAGGUAAGUACUGGGCUAACUGCCCUUGUGAACCAUUUUAAGGAUAGAUAAUUCCCUUUUAUGAGAAUCAAGCCCUGUACCUUCUGUCUGGCAAGCAAACACUUUAACCAAUCCACCAAAUGCUGCCCAAAAGGAAAUGUGGAAGGUUAUACUUAGAUUUGACCUCAUAUCACUAUAUUCAAAGUCCAGAGUGCUAACCAUUUCACCAUGGAACCAGAGGAUAAUUGUUGUGCCUGUUUAUACCUUUCUAUCUAGACUACAUAUUAACUGAGAAGCUUGAAAGUAUUGUUCUGUUCUGCUGUCUAAAACAUUCCACUAAUUCAUUUACUUUUCAGCAUGAGACAUGUUGCAUUGUCAUAGACAGUAGUUUUGCAUGCGCAUACAGCUAACAAGAGAAAAUGCUAUUUUAGGUGCAUGAGACAUUUCAAAUAAGAAUGGCUGCAUCAGAACAUGAAUACAUACUUUUCUUAAAAAACAUAUCUUUGAACACUUUGGUAACACUGACAGCUAAAUUGUUAUAUGCUUUGUCAGGCCUGUAGCCUUCCACGCAGCAAUUCACUUAACAAAAACUGUUAUCAGCAUAUGAAUCUGCAUUGGAUACUGGACUGACCACAUACUGAGGUUCAUAAAUAGAUAAAUGUAAGCUGACUUAUAAGAUAAGCGCACAAGACAAAGAAAUUGAAACUUAUGUUAAAGUGCUUCUGUAGAUGUAGAUGCUAUACAUGAUUGAUAAGUGUAAGCAAUCAUUACUGGAAAUGUUACAACUUUUUUAAGACAUGCCAGUUUCUGUUCAAAAAUGUCUAAGAAUUUUUAUUGUUGCACUUUUUUCAGUUGGUCAAAGAGAAAUAGCAGCUUUUCUGUACUGAAAGUAAAUUUACAGUCUGCCUUGUACUGGAUUUUUUGUAUAUGUUUGAAUUAUACUAACUAAGAAUUAUGCUGUCACAUUACACUUGUUGCAAUAAAAUCAUUGGAGUGCUUAAAAUGUUAACAAACAUAAUCUUUUAAAUUAAACAUUUAAAUGAGCACUGCAUGUUCUGAUAACUUACAAUAAAUGCAAAUGUUUGUUACUAAGAAAAAUGUGUUAAAACAGUCACAUCUGACAGUAUUGCAUUUUAGAUUGUCUGUAGCUGAACAUGUUGCUAUCAGAAUCCCACUAAUGAAACUGCAGUAGUUAUUUAGUACAACCCAAGAAGAAACAUCAAAUAAGUGUAAGAAGGAACAAGGGGAACAUCCAACAUUAAGUGAUAAUAAAAAGCUGAAUUAAUUAUUAAUCAAGGGUGUCUUUUACACUUCACUUCACAUUCCAGAAUAAUUUGCCAUGAAUAACUCUAUAAAAAAUGUACUCUGUAAAAAACACCUGAGUUUCUCUACUGUAACAAAGUAAUGCCUUGCUGUUGUAACAUACAUUUAGAUGGUUUAUAAAGAGUUGUAAAUAGCUCUGUAUCUUAAAAUGUGUUGAUGUAUUAUUUUGUUUAUGACUACAUGUUCUCUAAUAACCUCAGUGACUGAAAAAAUAAAAAUAAAUUUAUAAAAAGGC